GGUCUGCUGACAUCUGCAAGCCAGAGGUUUAACUGGAAGACGAGACCGCAGUCAGGCUGACACACAACGGCCUCAGCAACCUCGAACAAACUCCGAGACAUGUAACUUGUCGAGCAGAGCCUUGUGUCCUGAAGGGCACCCUAAAGCUCAGCCGGUGACGGUGCCUCCUUGGUGUUUUCGUCAUGAGGGGGCGCUGCUCUCGAAAACUGGGCGUACUGGCCAAGGCUGGCUUCUUGCUGUGGUUGCUGUGGCUGGGCUACCUUUUGCUGGAGCGCUCCACCUACCCUUCGUCUCCCGCUGUGGAGGAAGACGAUGAAGAGCGCAAUCAUUUGGAGAGGCAGGUGUCUAUAGAAGAGAGCGGGAUGGAUGGGCAGCUGGCUCGGCCCCUCUACAUUAAACCAGCGCCGGACAACAAUGCGCCGGGGGAGUGGGGUCGGGCCACACACCUCAACCUCAGCCCUGAAGAGAAGAAGCAGGAGCAGGACACUGUGGAGCGCUAUGCCAUCAAUAUCUAUGUCAGCGACAAGAUCUCCCUCCAUCGCCACAUCCAGGAUCACAGGAUGAACGAAUGCCGAAGUAAGAAGUUUGACUACCGACAUUUACCCACCACCUCUGUGAUCAUAGCCUUCUACAACGAGGCCUGGUCCACCCUGCUGAGGACUAUUCACAGCGUGCUGGAGACCACGCCUGCCAUCCUGUUGAAAGAGAUCAUCCUCAUUGACGACUACAGUGACCGAGGCUACCUGAAGUCCCAGCUGGCCGACUACAUCAGUAAUUUGGAACGUGUCCGACUCAUCCGCACCAACAAAAGGGAGGGUCUGGUUCGGGCACGUCUCAUCGGCGCCACCUAUGCCACUGGAGAUGUACUGACAUUUCUUGAUUGCCACUGCGAGUGCGUCCCCGGCUGGAUUGAGCCUCUGCUGGAGAGGAUCGGUGAGAACGCCAGCACCAUCGUGUGCCCCGUGAUCGACACCAUCGACUGGAACACCUUUGAGUUCUACAUGCAAACGGACGAGCCGAUGAUUGGAGGAUUUGACUGGAGACUCACCUUUCAGUGGCACUCUGUCCCCGAAGUGGAACGCAAGAGGCGCAAGUCUCGCAUUGACCCCAUCAGGUCUCCCACUAUGGCGGGUGGCUUAUUUGCUGUGAGCAAGGCCUACUUUCAGUACCUUGGCACAUAUGACACAGGCAUGGAGGUGUGGGGAGGAGAAAACCUGGAGCUCUCCUUCAGGGUGUGGCAGUGUGGGGGAAGUCUGGAGAUUCACCCCUGCUCUCACGUGGGCCAUGUGUUCCCUAAAAAAGCCCCUUACGCGCGGCCCAACUUCCUCCAGAAUACUGUGCGAGCGGCGGAGGUUUGGAUGGACUUUUAUAAACAACACUUCUACCACAGGAACCCCCCGGCCAGAAAGGAGACCUAUGGGGAUAUCUCAGAGCGACUCCUGCUGAGGGAGAAACUGAAAUGCAACAGUUUUGACUGGUAUCUGAAGAAUGUCUACCCUGACCUGCAUGUACCUGAGGACAGGGGGGGCUGGCACGGGGCUGUGCGUAGCUCAGGGAUACAUUCAGAGUGUCUUGACUACAACGCCCCAGAGCACAGUCCCACAGGUGCCCACAUUUCUCUGUUUGGUUGCCACGGCCAGGGAGGCAACCAGUACUUCGAAUACACGUCUCACAAGGAGAUCCGUUUCAACUCGGUGACAGAGCUGUGUGCUGAAGUACUCGAUGGACAGACCUCCAUGGGAAUGAGGCACUGCCCUCGUGAUGGGGAGGCCAAACCUCCCAGUGUCAUUUGGGAGUUCAGACAGGAUGGGACCAUCUACCAUCCUCACUCGGACAUGUGCGUGACGGCCUACCGCACAACGGAGGGCCGCACAGACACCCAGAUGAGGCGGUGCAACCCAGGAGACAAAAGCCAGCAGUGGAAGUUUGAAUGGUAGAAGAAGGAAGUGAAAAAAGUAGCUUGGAAACCUCAAGUGACCUUCUAUGACCACAGUGCAAUUACUACAGUGGAGGUCGUCUCCGCUGCUCCCAAUUCUCUCGCUCUACAAGUCUGCACUCCAUUUGAAUGGGAAAGGCAAGCAACAAAAGGUUUUGGAAAAAGUCCGUUUAAGCCAAUGAUUCACCCAAUUCAGCACUUUUAUAACCACAUGAAUGACUGAAUAAAUCCAGAUUGCAGCGGAAUGAAUGAGAAUUGCAAGGUGAGGUUCAUUUGGUCUUUUUAUGGAGACUAACUGAAGCUGAAGACUUUUGUGUUGAUUUGAAGUGCUUCUGCAACCAAAAUGGAGAACAUUGCACACCUGAAGUGUCAUUAUUUUUCACGCGCUCUUGAAACGACUAGAGAGCGGUGAAGCUGAUUUGACUGUCCAGCACAUGAAGAAGUGCCUUCGAAGAUAUUCAAGACGAUUUCUUUGAAAACCAGUCGCAAAGUCCUGUUGCACUACAGAAUGCUACCCUAAUGUGCAAUUAAUAUGAAUUAUUAUUGUUAAAUCCUCGUGCUUUGUUUGUUGAGUUGUCAAAAAAAUGUAAAAGCGGGCUGCUGAGAGAAGAUGUGCAGGGAACGUAAGGUCAGCGGCAAACCAGUGACUUCCUCACAUGCUCCGUCAUGUGAGAGGAAAACAGGGAGCGUGUGCGGUGGUCAUACUAGACUGCUUCUCAAUUCUGUCUUUUGUCUGUGGAGCCAGUUUCAUGGCAGAAAUACUGCCUGAACAAGACUUGAAAUAUAAAUUAAGCAUUUGAACCAAGUGCACCUCGCCCCAGAGGGCUUGGUGAGUUGACAGGAAUGUUGUAAUGCAUUCUUUCCUGUUGUGUAAAAUUAAGAAUACCCUCUAAACUCAUCUGUCACUUCGCCUUUGAAAAAAAAUGUCAUCCUAAAAAAAAAAAAAAAAAACGUGUGCGUGCCAAGAUGAAAUGUGCCAGUGGGUGUCAGAUUUAUUUAGAGAAUUUUAAAUGCUAAAAACUAAAACAACACUGUCUCGAUGAACUUGAUUUUAUUUAGUCGUAAAAAGCCUUAAAGGGAGCACCUCUGUGCCACUGUUUUGUUAAGACUCCUGUGUGUGUAAACUGUACUUGAAACUGCAUCAAAAACACUCCAGUUUUGUUGUUGUUGUUUUUGGUUGUUUUUUUGUUGUUUUUUUUUCCACUGAAGACCACGUUUGUGCUUCUACUGGGAAUCAAGGACCAAGAGAUGCAGUGUAACUGUUGGUGAACUGUCGGGUGAAUAGCAGCUUUAUUUGUUGAAGACUGAUUGUCGCUGAGCAAUGUUUGGUCUCUGCGGUCCGUUGCACUCGUGAAUAUGAGAUAUUCAUGCUAGUCGGUGGGUACAGUAGGUAAACAUGUAAGAUGACUCCUGUUUUGUGUUACCUUUUGUAAAUACUGUUUGGUUUAAGGGACCAGAGGGGGACAGUGCUAAUGUAAAACACCUCUAAAACUACUGAUAAUGCAAAAGGGAAGUGGAUUACUUGAUAUGAAGAAGAGGAUGGAGUGAAAUGGGAUGGAUGUUUUUAAAAAAAAAAAAAAGAUUAAAGUUAUUGGAAUGAUUGAAGAAUAAAAAAAAACUAACCGCAAA